ACAGAAGAAGGGAAAAACUCUCAUGGUGGGUCUGAUUUGAAGUGGAAGCUUGAAUUCGUUAAUAACCGGAUCACCGAGAUUUCCUGACCAUACUGCAUCUGAUAAGCAGCUACGGGACUUCUGCAACUUCACUCGACGAAAUGUGUGUGGAAAGUUGGACGUAGUCGACGCUCAUUGAAGAGGUCUUUUGGUCGUUUGGUUUUGCUGUUAACCUUACAUCGCUGAUGAAAAUUGUUUCAAAGACCACUCUGCCUGCGCCGUGCUCGCGCUUACGGGGAACUUGGUAACGAUAUCCACAACCACUUUGUAGCAGAAGUUUGUAUCCCUUGGAUUUUGGCGACUCUGGUAGAAACUUUGUAUCAAGCGUUGGCGUUUGUUUCAAUGCUACAUUGUCGUGCAACCUGAACAUGGUGGCUGGAAGUUCUUGGAAAAUGUUUAACUCAACGCGGUGUAUGCAUUUUCCACUUCUGAAGAGACUGUUCGUGAAAUAACAAGAGAUUUGAGAGAUUUAAGAGAUUUGAUCAUAGCAUAAUAAACAUUACGGCUUUUAGACUGUUUCGGGCAGCCUUAUCAAGGCAUGCCAAAACAAAGCGUCUAACCUACAAGGAGACCCUUUUCAACCUUUUAUGGACAACUGUCGGCAAGUUGCCUUUAGUUUUGGCCGCUGGACAAUUUUCUUGAAUUGCCUUGUAAUUCGUGUUUCACCUUUGAUUUUUAGUUAGGCAUACAGAGCACGGGAAGACAAUUAGGCUAUCUUACGCUCAGCUACAAGAAAUCAAAUGUAGCUUCAAUGGCUCGCAAUGCGCUCCUGUUAUCACAUUUACUUGGUUAGUAUUCACACCAGGAUGAAUGUAAAGUAUCAUCUUUGAAAAGAUCAUCUGUAAUCUACAUCAGAUUUACCAAUUUGUGGAUUUGAGGAGAGCGAUCAAGACAACGCGCGAUUAGAACUGGAUACAAAAUGGCGGCCUCCCUGGGUCAGAUCGGAUCUGUUUCAUAUUAUGUAUUUUAUUUAAUGUUGUCCUUGGAACUGUUACUAAAUUACGGAUUGAGUGCUGAUCUACCAUGUGCCCAAAACUGUACAUGCACCGGAGAUUCUGUGGACUGUAGCAACUUGGAUUUGACUGAUAUUCCUCAGGACCUGCCAGCUGGGACUAUUUCUAUAAACCUGAGCCACAACAAGCUGACAGCAGUCGAUACGGACAUCCUCUCCAGCCUCCCAAACCUGCGAGAAGUGCGCCUGGACCACAACGAGCUCACCUCCAUCCCCUCCUUCAGGCAGGCCUCUUCCAGAAUCGCAGUCCUCUACCUGCAGCACAACAAGAUCGGCCAAGUGGACGGCCGGAAGCUCGGGGAGCUCACCGCUCUGGAGACCCUGGACCUCAGCAAUAAUGACAUCACCGAGCUGAGAGCCCACUGCUUUCCCGCGGGGCUACAGAUCCGAGACCUGUACCUGAGCAGUAAUAAGAUUGUGCACCUGGAGGCGGGGGCAUUCGACCAGCUCUCCAACAGCCUGCAGGUCCUCCGCCUCAGCCGCAACCGCCUCACACACAUCCCCGUCAAGGCCUUCCAGCUCACUCGCCUCACCCAGCUGGAGCUGAGUAGGAACCGCCUGCGGCUGAUCGAGGGCCUGACCUUCCAGGGUCUGUCCCGCCUGGAGGUGCUCAAGCUGCAGAGGAACAACAUCAGCAAGCUGACCGACGGAGCGUUCUGGGGCCUGGCCAAGAUGAGGGUGCUUCACCUGGACUUCAACAGUCUGAAGGAGGUGAACAGCGGCUCUCUGUACGGCCUGACCUCCCUGCAGCAGCUCUACCUGGCCAACAACUCCAUCGGCCUCGUCAACCCCGACGGCUGGAGGUUCUGCCAGAAGCUGCGUGAGCUGAAUCUGUCCUACAACAAUCUGACGCGGCUGGACGAGGGCAGCCUGGCCAUGCUGGGCGAUCUGCACACGCUCCGCCUGGGACACAACGGCAUCAGCCACAUCGGCGAGGGAGCCUUCAAGGGCCUCAAGGCUCUGCGCAACCUGGAGCUGGACCACAACGACAUCUCGGGCACCAUAGAGGACACCAAUGGGGCCUUCACCGGAUUGGACGGCCUCCACAAGCUAACUCUGUUUGGAAACAAGAUCAAGUCGGUGGCCAAGAAAGCCUUCUCCGGCCUCAAGGCUCUGCAGCACCUGAACCUGGGAGAGAACGCCAUCCGCUCCAUCCAAGAGGAGGCCUUUGCCAUGAUGGGGAACCUUCAGAGCCUGCGUCUCGAGAGCGACAGCUUCCUCUGCGACUGCCAGCUGCAGUGGCUGCCCGUGUGGCUGACGGCUCGGGGGCUCCAGGCGGACAUCAGUGCCACCUGUGCCCACCCCGAGAGCCUGAAGGGCACCAGCAUCUUCCAGGCACCCGCCGAGAGCUUCGUGUGCGAUGACCUGCCGAAGCCCCAGAUCACGGUGCAGCCGGCGAGCACGGUGUCGGUGCUGGGCCAGGACGUGCGGCUCAGCUGCACGGCGGCCAGCAGCAGCAGCUCGCCCAUGUCCUUCGCCUGGCGCAAGGACCAGGAGCCGCUCCGCCACGCCGAGCUGGAGAACUUCGCCCACGUGCGCGCCCACGCCACCGAUGCCGCCGCCGACGACAACGCUGCUGGCGCCACGGCUGCUGAUGCCGCCGCGGCGUCCGUGCCCCCGGUGCUGGCCCACAGCAACGUGAUGGAGUACACCACCGUGCUGCACCUGAGGCACGUCACCUUUGCCCACGAGGGGCGCUACCAGUGCGUCAUCACCAACCACUUCGGCUCGUCCUACUCCCAGAAGGCCCGGCUCACAGUGAACGUGCUGCCCUCGUUCGCCAAGACGCCGGGGGACCUGACGGUGCGGGUGGGAGCCACGGCGCGGCUGGAGUGCGCGGCCGACGGGCACCCGGGGCCCCAGAUGGCCUGGCAGAAGGACGGCGGCACCGACUUCCCGGCCGCCCGCGAGCGGCGCAUGCACGUGAUGCCCGACGACGACGUCUUCUUCAUCACCGACGUCAAGCCCGAGGACGCCGGCGUCUACAGCUGCACCGCCCGCAACUCGGCGGGCACGGCCUCGGCCAACGCCACCCUCACCGUGCUGGAGACGCCGCACCUGGCGCAGGCCAUGGAGGACCGGAGCGUGGUGGUGGGCGACACGGUGGCGCUGCAGUGCAAGGCCCUGGGCAGCCCGCCGCCCCGCAUCACCUGGCUCCGCGGCGACGAGCCACUGCGCGCCAGCGAGCGCCACCACUUCACGCCGGGCAACCAGCUGCUGGUCAUCCGGCAGGCCGCGCCCGAGGACGCCGGCCGCUACACCUGCCUCAUGUCCAACCCGCUGGGCGCCGAGCGCGCCCACUGCCAGCUGAGCGUGCGGCCGCAGGCGCUCGGGCCGUGCGCCCCACCGCCGGGCCCCGCCGCGGGCACCAUCGCCGCCGGCAUCAUCGUCAUCGCCGUGGUGACCAGCGUGGUGGCCACCUCGCUGGUGUGGGUGUGCAUCAUCUACCAGACGAGGAAGAGGAGCGAGGAGUGCAGCGUCACCAACACAGACGAGACCAUCGUCCCGCCUGACGUCCCCAGCUACCUGUCCUCCCAGGGGACGCUGUCGGAGAGGCAGGACGGCUCCAUCCGCGUGGACAGCAGCAGCGGCUCCCAGCCCAACGGCCACAUAGACAGCAACGGCUUUGACCAUCCUGUGUGCUCCGACUGUCUGGAGAACUACUCCAAGCCCCCCGACUACCUGCUACAGAACAUGGGCCCGGUCGGCCUGGAGUACCAGCAGACCCACCACCCCUCGGGGUACAUCAGCGUCCCGGUGGGCAGCCCGCCCACGCCCCUUCACAACGGCGCCAGUACCACCAACACCACCACCACCACCACCACCACGGCCACCAUCACCGCGCCCCACCCGGCCCCCCACUGCAACGGCACCCCCAACGGGAUCCGACGGGACCCGCAGGCCUUCCCCAGCAACCACGACAGGGCGGCCCCGCCCAAGAAGCUCGGGGAGAGCAAAGAUCCCACCAUCACCAGGCUAGGCACGCCGGGGUCCGAGAGCUUCCUCCGGCCGAUCAAGCUGUCCCCCUUGACCACGGUGGACAUCGAGCGCGGCGACUCGGAGGUCACACAGACUCUACUGUCCAACGGACACGCGCCCCGAGUCGUCGCGACCGAGAACACCUCCCUCAGGCGAGCGAGCGACUAACACCCCCCUCCCCGAAUCCUCCCACCAUGUGAUGAAAAAAAAAAAAAAAAACACUUUGGACUCUCGAUGCCGCCAUCGCCUUCUUUUUUUUUUUGACGUUUGUCUUUUUUAUUUUUUGCACUGAGAGCUGCUACCUCAGCCAGGAGAAGGUGGAGGAGGAGGAGGAGGAGGAGGAGGAGGUAGGGGCAGAGCUCAACUCAGUUUCACUAAACUGAGAAGAAAGGAGGAGAAGGAGGAGGAGGAUGAGGAGGAUGGAGGCGGACGUUUCAGGGUUGAAAGGUGAAGCUUGCUUGUGUGGGCUGUGUCCCGCGCGAGCGUUUUAGCUGUACAUAGUCUUAAAUCUUCCCAAGGGAGCUUCCAUUUAUUAAGUGAAAAAGAGAAAAGUGACUUGCAUUUGAAGCAUGCAAAUGUAGGGCGAACUGUACAGUAUAAAAAAGAGAGUGAUAUAACAUUGGACAAUGGACUGUACAUAAGAGGUUUCAUAUAAAUAUAUAUUAUAUAUUAUAUCUAACUUUUACAAAGAGUAUUUGGAUUUAUUCUGUGCAUGAUAAGAACUGAGUGAUGGUAUUUUUUGUUUCUUGUUAACAAGCCUUUCCAGCUUUUCUUCCUCACUGUUAACUGUGGUGCCUUAAUAAUGCAUGAACAAAGAAACCAAGAUUCCACCAUAGCUGCAAUAGAGAUUUGAACGUUUGCCCAAUGUACAUCAGUACAUUUAGUGGGUUUCAUGCCAUAUAUCACAACAUGCAGUGCAUUGCAGUGAAAUCUUUGACCUGACAAGCUGUCGGUCUGUGGCCUUAAGUCAUGUAGCUCUGGUUAUGGAUCGAGCGAAGAGUUUUGAUAUGAUUUAUUUGGCAUUGGAGAAGAGACACGGGUUGGCUUUAUACACAAGGAAAUAAUGUUCCAUUGAUUUAAGCACUUUGCCAUAUGAUUUAUAGGACUUCUUUAUAAGUUGCAGAUUGUGAUUGUAUUCUUAUAGGAAUGUAUGGAUUUCUAACAGCUUUGCCAAGACACACAUCACAAAGCUCACAUUUUGUGUCUCUCAAACAAACAAAAACGACAAAAAAAAAAAAUCAAGACUCUUCCAUUGACUAAGGUCCUGACCACAUCACCAAGCUGCUUUUUCUCACCCCGAUACCUGUGGUACUUAAGUAGAUGUGUAUUUACUUUUGUUUUUUCUUUUCUUCUGGAAAGUAAGUGACAUGAAUGUGGACCUUCUCCAAAAACAACAGUAGUGUUUGUUUGUUCGUUUUUUUUUGUUUUGUUUUUUCAAAUCAUAACAAAGACGCCUAGUUCUCGCAGAAGCCUAAUGUUGCCAAACUACAAAAGGGAUAAUGUUGAACUCUGAACUCACUUGAAAAGGAGGCUGCUCAGAGUGCCGCAUGAACUGCUGUCUCGGGGUCUCCAAACAGCACCCCGUGUUACACACACACACACACACACACACACACACACACUCACACUCACUCACACUCUCUCACACACACACACACACACACACACACACACACACACACACACACACACACACUCUCACACAACACACACAAACUACAAACACUACACACACACACACACAAACACUACACAUACAGGCAAUGGCCAGUAAACUCUAAACUUUACUUCAGCUUUCUUAACACCUGGUUGCAACACUACAUCAAAGUCUGUUCAGAUUUGAUAUGAUCCACAUCCACACCCAUCGAAGAGGAACGGCCAGCAAAGUGCAAAACCUCAUUCUGUGAAAACCUCAGCGUUACCUGAAAGAUUUCUUUCUACCAAACCAAGUCAAGCUGAACAGCCUAUAAUUUGUUUGAAUGGACUUUUGUUGGGAUUGUGGGCUUUUUUUUUUUUUUUUUUUAAACAAUGUGCUCAGAUUAAUUUAUUGAAAUGAACACUCAAACUGUUGUACAUUGACAAAGCUAAGACGUUGAGGUGUCUAACAUGGCAAGUGUCUAUUAAAGUCACAUUUUGCUAUUUUACACCAUGA